AUGACUAGAAACCAGAAUCGUGAUGAUGACGCAUCUAGCAAGAAGAGGUUCAAGACUUGUGACAACAGUGGUGUGACAAUGUGGUCAGACCUUAACUAUGAUGUGUUUUGUUUAGUUAUAAUGCAACUGGGAGUUGUUGAUUUUGUUGCAUGUAGUGGAGUUUGUAAGUCAUGGAGGUCAUGUGCACUCUCUAACAGGAAGAUAUUUAUGGCAUCCAAACCACCCAUGUCGAUGCAAAUCUCUAAUCGUGCAUAUGAUAAAGAGUGCUACUGCUACCUAAAGGACUUUGAAGGAAGAAAGUACAAAACUCUCCUUCCCCAUUCUGUUGGAAGGACGUGUGUUGGAUUAACUUGUGGUUACUUGGUCUUGUUCGGGAGGGAAACCAAAGACUUCUGGCUUGUGAAUCCCAUCACAAGGCAGGAACUUCACUUCCCUGAUUGCCCCCUUUAUGUAGAUCACGAUCCACCAAUAAUUAAGGCUAUCCUUGUCUUUUCACCUUCAAUAUCAAAGUGGGUAAUAAUUAUGUUAGAUAAAUUCACCCAUAAUAUAUUGUUUUCUAUAGCGGGUAAAGGAGCAUGGAAUCAUGUUUCCUCCACUUUCCCCAUCCUUGAUUUACAUGCUUUUAAGGGGAAGAUAUACACCAUAAACAUGGGUUGUCGUGUGUAUGAAAUGAGACUCAAGCCAAAGCACAAAUUGACAUUACUUGAAAUCAAGAAUUUUUGGAAGCCACAUUUCUUAUUUCUGGAGUUUGUAAGUUCAGGUGAAAACCUUUAUGUGAUGAAUCAAAGUUGUGAAGAUUUGUACAAGGUUCAGGAACUAGAUUUUGGUGAAAUGAAAUGGGUGAUGCCUGAAAAGACAAUAGAAGAAUAUGCAUUCUUUCUUGGCAACUUGAAUGAUUCUGUUGCUAUUAAGCUAGAACCAUGUCGGUCACAAUACGAAAGAUAUUCUUUCUUCCCUUAUACGGGUCAAAAAUAUAGGGUCUUUGAUGCAAACAUGUGGUACUUCCCUCAUGAAUGUAUGAAUGUUAAUCUCAUAGAUGACUGA